AUGACUGAAUCAUCAGAAAACUCGUCAAUGUUAAUUUUGGAAGGUUUCAGCAUUCUCCCUGAACUUCGAGUCCCUGUUUUCAUUUUAUCUCUUGCUGUAUAUGCUGUGAUUCUUGCCGGGAAUUUAACACUCUUAUUUGCAAUUGUUUUUCAUCGACAUUUACAUAAACCGAUGUACACGUUGCUUUCCAAUAUGAUAAUAUGCGACCUAAUUGGAAGCACUGCUCUAAUGCCCAGGUUGAUGUAUGGGGUUAUGACAGAAGUUAAACAAAUUUCAAUUUAUGCUUGUGUCAUUCAGGCUUUUUGCAUUCACUCAUACGGAAGUGCUACUCAGCUUAUACUAACCGUUAUGGCUGUAGACAGAUACUUUGCGAUUUGUAACCCUUUGCGAUACCACGCCAUUAUGACUACCAAGACGACAGUUAAGCUUUGUUUGCUCGCCUGGGGAGUAGCGUUUGUUUUGCUUUUUAUUCUCUUUUUUCUUACUUUAAGACUUCCACGUUGUAGAUCACUUAUAGUUCACGCGUAUUGCUUCAAUGGAUCUUUAUAUUUAUUAUCUUGUGUUGACACAACUGUGAACAACAUGUACGGUUUAUUUGUCACAUAUUUUUUAAGCACGGUAUCGUUUUCUGCAAUUGCAUUUACAUAUACUAAAAUAUUAAUUAUGUGCUUAUUCAAAACAGAAAAUAACAGCAAAAGUAAGGCAAUCCACACGUGUUCUACUCAUUUAAGUGUGUAUUUUCUUUUUGAAAUAACAGCAUUAUUUUCAAUUAUAGCCUUAAGGUUUCCAAAUGUCUCACCAAAUGCAAUUAAAGCAAUGGGAACUUUAAUGGUUGUUUUGCCUCCGGUUGCUAACCCAAUAAUUUAUGGUCUUAACACCAAAGAAAUCCGGAAUAUUUUCACGAAGUGUAUUAAAAAUCGGAUAUCUAACCGGUGA